AUGAUUGUAAAUAAGCUUAUUUCAGAUCAAAAAUGCGAUGGUAAAUCAGCUCAUUUCCAUCGUCAAAUGUGCGUUAACGACAACAGUCAGGAGGCAUUUUUAAUAUGUUUGCGUAUCCACAAAUUUGAAAUAACUCUUUAUUUUGUAAUAAUAAAGCAUAUAAAUUUGUUUUCUGGAAGCAACUUGCAGCCUUGCACGCAUGGCUCUGCCUGCAAGGCUUUCGUUCUUAACGCGUAUUUACGUACACGGCUUGGUAAACCAAUAAAUUCUGGCAUUCCAGAAUUCAAGCAGAAUUACAGUACUUUUCAGGACUUGAAUGAAACUUUUGUGCUAUUGUAUCCCAUAAUUGAUCGUAUUCGUAAAAAUAGCAUUCACUUUUUUAGGAAACUACUCACUUAG